AUGGCAUUAAAUUUGGCCGGCCCACCCCGCCACUAUACGAAUCCGGAAAGAAACCGAGUACGACUCAAAAGUUACAACACUUUUCACCCCGAAGACCGUGCUUUCAUCAAAGGCCUCCCAGAGCACCAGGAUGUACCAGCAGGAUAUCGUACAACACCAUGGCCACGCACCCCACCUAUCGCUGUCGCUGGAAAUGACAUAUUUCCUGGCUAUAGCUCUGCGGGAGUGCUUGAUACGCUGAGAAGACCUCACAGGACAGCAGAACGCCGGGAUUGGUUGGCUAGCACCAUUGAGGAGUUGGCUACGAGAACUGCUGCAGGUGCAGUUGGGCAGUGGAGAUGCAUUUCAAUUCUGGGUAGCGGGAUCUCAGGCAAAGUAGGACUUUGGAGAUAUGACGGCGGCGACGACAAUGAUAUAGCCGUUCCCAGGGAAGUUGCUGUCAAGCAAAUCCAAACCCUGAGAAUUGGCGGAAUGGAUUACACCGAAGAAGCGGGCUACCACCAAAUGUUUUCAAACACAAAUUCUUGUCACAUAGUGCAUUUCCAUGCCUCCGACAUAAUCACCCCGCAAGAUGUUCAGACGAUGACGGCUAACCCCAAUUCAAAGGAGUACGUCCUUCCUGCAGUUGCAAAUACUUGGCUACAACUGCGAAGGAGGAUUAUUAUGGAAUACUGUGAAUUGGGCAGUUUAUACGACUUGCUUGAGAGAAGAGACAUAGAGAGUGAGCCAUUUCAUGAAGAAACCCUUUGGAAGUUUUUUGAAUGCUUAGUCGAUGGCAUAUCGGUCCUUUCUGAGGGCGUAAACUAUGUUUGGGAUCAAGCUACGGAUCAAGCCCAAGCCCAAGAACUAGGACCAGCGGGCCCAUGGGUACAGCACGUUCAUUUUGACAUGAAACCCCACAACAUUAUGUUGGGAGAACGGGAUGCGCAACAUCCGGACACCCCAAUUCUGAAGCUUGCCGACUUCGGACUUACCGAAGAGGACUGGGCAAUCUCUGGCAUAGCGGGUAUCUACGGCACUGCAACUAACGUCUGGGCCAUCGGAUUCCUUAUGUACUCUAUGAUCCACCUCGCUACCGGGUGGAGACCACCUUUAGACGCCUUCCUGCCCACCUUCAUGAUCAACGGUGGUCCAGCUCGCGGGAUCACCUACGGAGAAUCCAUAACCACAGACUCUCCUAUCUCGGUUCAGCUCAGAGAUCUCAUUUUUGAAUGUCUAUACAUGGAUCCUGCCCACAGACCCAGUUUGAGAGAUAUCAAAGAAAGAGUGUGUAGAGGUCUUGAUGCACAUGUAACAGCGAGGAAUCAUGUGGGAGACCAGCCAGAAGGGUGGGAUCGAUUCAUCGAGCGGAGGAGGAGACCUUCGUGGUCGAGAGUACGAAGGCGGCGCAGGAGGAGUUUCUUCCCGGGGUGUGGGAGACGUCGGCAGAGGACGAAAGCUGAGGAUGAUGCAGCCUAUGUUCCCGGUGGGAUAUUUAGUCAGGGAGAGAGGGUGGGGGCUAGGAAUAGGGAUGAUUUGGUGGGCUUUGAUUCGGAUGAUAGUUAG